CGGACAGACACCUCAGCCAAAUUCACAUUGAGUCCAGUCACACUGAGAGAACAGUUCAUCAGUCUUUUUAUUUGUUUUCGUUUUAUGUGUCUCCCCUCAAUUAAGUUGAAGAGAGCUUAGUUUGGGGACAGCAGAAUCGUCUUCAAAACAUUUCAAGCAUGACUUUGGAUAAUAACGGAUUUUGAAGUGUCAAACUGCGUCUCAGACUUCCAGAAAAUAACGACAGACACCAGCUCUCACAGGUCCACAGCAGGAGAAUCACGAGGACUGCUGGGGGGGGAAAUCAACGGAACAGACAUCUGCAUCUCCACCAGGUCGGGAUGGGGCAUUUCUCCAGUGUCUGGUGGUCUAUAUUGAUGAUGCUCUUCUUCUCUCUGCCCAAGGUGGACUGCAUGAAGGAGAGUGUGCCUAGAGUUAAACUUGGCUACAAAGAGCUGAUCCAUUCUCAAAGUGUGGUGCCAUUUGUGGGUUCCAGCCACGGACAGCAGUUUCAGACGGUACUUUUGGAUGAGGAGAGAAGCCGAUUAUUGCUGGGAGCCAAAGACCAUAUUUACCUACUGGACCCAGACAACAUCAAUAAACACCCCAAAAAGCUGAGUUGGCCAGCUCCAAGAGACAGGGUGGAAAUGUGUAUGCUUGCUGGAAAAAACCCUCUUACUGAAUGUGCUAAUUUCAUAAGAGUUUUGCACAGCUAUAACCGAACCCAUAUCUAUGCCUGUGGCACUGGAGCCUUCCACCCCACCUGUGCUUUCUUAGAGGUCAAAGGUCACAAAGAGGACAGCUGGUUGCACCUCCACAGCAACACUGUGGAAUCUGGCCGAAUGAAAUGUCCUUUUGAUCCACUCCAGCCUUUUGCUUCAGUACUCACAGAUCAGUAUCUCUACGCUGGCACAGCGUCUGAUUUCCUGGGCAAGGACAGCACGUUUAGCCGCUCUCUUGGCCCGACCCCUGACCAGCAGUACAUUCGCACAGACAUCUCUGAGGACUACUGGAUCAACGAGGGCAAGUUUAUUUCCGCCCAUCCCAUCGCGGACACCUACAACCCUGACGAUGACAAGAUUUACUUCUUUUUCCGUGAGGCUUCCCGUGAUGGGAGCACUGCAGAUAAGAGUGUGGUGUCUCGCGUCGCCCGAAUCUGCCGGAAUGAUGUUGGGGGUUUGAGAAGUCUUACCAACAAGUGGACAACAUUCCUCAAAGCAAGACUUGUGUGCUCCAUUCCUGGACCAGAUGGAGUGGACACACACUUUGAUGAGCUGCAGGACAUCUUUCUCCUCCCUAGCAGAGAUGAGAGAAAUCCAAUGGUGUACGGAGUGUUCACCACCACCAGAUUUCUGCUCGAGAGGCUGCGCGAGGGUCAACAGUACAACCUUACCACUGAAAUCACUUCACACUCCAGCACAGGUGGUGGCGGUAUGCACCAUAAAGUUGGUAUGCAACCCGCCAAUAAAUCCCUAGAAGAAGAAGAAGAAGAAGAAGAAGAAGAAGAAGAAGAAGAACAGUUAUGA